UUCUCAUCGGUUUUUUGAGAGAUGAUUUUGAACUUGUGAUUCAUUGGUGGAAGAAAGAACACCAGCAACAGGAUUCGUCGAGUUAUCGAUAGAGAUCACAAAAAGGAGAGAAGAGAAAAGAUCGCUUUCUGAAUCUACGACAUGAUAAGAGUUGCCCGCAGAUUGUUCUCGUCGGACGCACCAAAACUUGCAAGCGCUGCUCUGGAUCCAAUCACCCAUUUUAUUUUUGGCGCAAACACGGACAUUGGAAAAACCGUUCUUACGGCUGCGCUGCUUCGGGCGAGCUACGAACCGGGUUCCAUAAGCAGCAGCAGCACCCACUACAUCAAACCCUUGCAAUGUGGUGGAAGCGACGAGUCUUUCAUCCGGCGAAACGCCCCGGGUCUUUCCUCCGCGAAGACACUCUUUGACUGGGAUACACCCGCUUCACCACACAUCGCCUCGCGGAUAGAAGACAAGCCCGUCAGCGACGAACAGGUAUUGGAGUCUUUGAACGGCCAUCUGCACGUGCUGGAAAACGCAUCGGCAACGGCAACCAACGAGAAAGGGGCAUCUAGUAGUAGCAGCGGCGGCGGCGGCAACCGAAGCAGUAUUUGGAUCGAAACCGCCGGAGGUGUACUGAGUCCCUCCUCGUCCUCUCCCCACAACAGCGCCCCCUAUCAUGCUCGCAAUGAUGAUAGUCUUGGCGGUUGGGGAUGGGUGACCCAAGCGGACUUGUAUAAAUCCUAUCGUGAUCGAUCAUCGAUCGUUUUGGUCGGCGAUGGACGAUUGGGUGGGAUUAGCGCAACCCUCGCUUCACUCGAGGCCACGCUGAACCGCAACUACAGGGUAGGUGGGAUCCUGCUGCUACGAGAUGACAAUUCCUCCGAGGAAGACACGAACAAGGAAGCCUUGCAAGAAUACGUGGAAUCUCGUGCAUCGUUGCCGUCACUGGUCGACGAUGCACUCCGACCAAGAACGAUGCAAAGUGGGCUCUUCGCAAACCCAGAGAAAUCGAUCGUCUCGCUACCAAAACUUCCACCCGAGCCCGAACCACUGGACGAAUGGUACGCUUCUGGUCAGGUGAAAGAUCAGAUAUCAUCUUUUGUCCAUGAUCAUUUGUUUUGUUCUUACGACGAUGAGGCGGUUUAGAAAAACAACAACAGGGGUUUUAAUAAUGAGUCAGUUAACCA